AUCAGCCUGGAUGCACUUUCGGGGCCCUUCUACACAGCCAUAUAACCCAGAAUAUCAAGGCAGAAAAUCCCACAAUAUCUGCUCUAAAUUGGGUUAGCUCGGUCCACACUGCCACAUAUUCCAGUUCAAAGCAGAAAAUAUGGGAUUUUAUUAAGCUGUGUGGAAGGAGCCUUAGUGUUUGAUGUGGGAUGCUAAAUUUCAGAAAUGGGACUCACAUAGUGUUAAAUCAAUCUUACAUGAUAUACUGAAAAAUUUUGCUCUGAAUUUAGAGUGAAGACGUGUUUGCAGUGAUAGCACUCUCAGUGCUAGGUAGCAUUUUAUGUACUUCUCAGUCUAGUUCACAUUGGUGUUCCUCUCUGAAAGCCCCAGUUUUAAUUGUGGGUUCUUUAUUUUGUUUUUUUCCUUCCUCUUCUGUGAUUAUAUAUCUCUACUGAGUUCUGAAACUCAUGCAGACUUAAGAUCUGAAUGAGAACUAUGAUUCCUGCCUACUCACUAAGCCUGUUGUGGGUUUUAACUACAUUCUUUACUGUUACCCUUGAAGACCAAGGAGAUAGCUGUAAUCCCCCACCUAGGUUAGACUUUGCUGAACUCGCUGAUGAAUAUAAAGAGAAGAAUUCCUUUCCAAUCGGCUCAACUGUGAAAUACACCUGCCGUCCAGGUUACACUAGAAGUAAACUAAAGAUCUCUCGAAAAUGCCUUCAGAACCAGGAAUGGUCAGAACUUGAGGAAUUUUGCAGAAAAAAAUCAUGUGAACAUCCCGGAGAACCAAAAUAUGGCAGGCUGCAUGUAACAGGAGAUUUCCUUUUGGGUGCCACUGUAAAGUAUAGCUGUGAUGAAGGAUACAGGUUAAUUGGCCAUUCUUCCAGAAGAUGCAUAAUUUUUGACAAAAAAGUAGAGUGGACACAUGCCAUUCCCUUUUGUGAGCGUAUUCCAUGCUUCCCUCCACCAGAUGUUCCUUAUAGCAAGCGUAGUGGUGGAUACAUGGAUAAUUUUUUUGUUGGGUCAGUUGUGACUUACACCUGUGACAAAGGCUACCCCCUUGUUGGAAAUGCCUCUAUCUAUUGUAUUACUGAAGAUGGGUUAAAUGGAGUUUGGAGUGGCCGUGCUUAUUGUGGAGUGGUGCAGUGCCAGCCACCCCCAAAUAUCCAAAAUGGAUUUCACAGCAAGCAGGAAGGUGAAGUGUUUCCCCCUGAAAUGUCUGUGACUUAUACAUGCCAUCCAGGCUACAUACUUUUUGGACAAGAAACUAUUUAUUGCACAGCAUCAGGCACAUGGUCUUCCCCUGCCCCUCACUGCAAAGCUGUAGAAAGGAUGCUCACCACAGUCUCAAAGAAUGCAGACAGCAGGAUGAUGGAGAAAGAAACCAAGGAAGAAAGUGAGAGGGAUUUAGUUCCAGGGCUACCAAGAGACACAGGAGAUAGCUGUAAUCCCCCACCUAGGUUAGAUUAUGCUGAACUGACCGAUGAAUAUAAAGAGAAGAAUUAUUUUCCCAUCGGCUCAACUGUGAAAUACACCUGCCGUCCUGGCUAUGCUAGAAGUAAACUAAAGAUCUCUCGAACAUGCCUUCAGAACCAGGAAUGGUCAGAACUUGAGGAAUUUUGCAAAAAAAAAUCAUGUGGACAUCCAGGAGAACCGGACCAUGGCCGACUGCAUGUAUCAGGAGAUUUUCUUUUUGGGGCAGCUAUACACUAUACCUGUGAUGAAGGAUACAGGCUCAUUGGUCAUUCUUCCAGAAGUUGUGUAAUUAUUGACAAAAAAGUAGAGUGGACCCACGCUGUUGUCUUUUGUGAGCGUAUUCCAUGCUUCCCUCCACCAGAUGUUCCUUACAGCAAGCGUAGUGGUGGAUACAUGGAUAAUUUUUUUGUUGGGUCAGUUGUGACUUACACCUGUGACAAAGGCUACCCCCUUGUUGGAAAUGCCUCUAUCUACUGUACUACUGAGGAUGGGUUGAACGGAGUGUGGAGUGGCCGUGCCUAUUGCGGAGAGACUCACUGUCCACCUCCUCAUGUAGAGAAUGGAAGAAUAGUCACUGGCAAAUCUAACAUCUAUACUUAUAGCCAAAGGGUCACAGUUGAUUGCAAUGUUGGUUACAAUAUAUCUGGCUCAAGAGAGAUUCAUUGCCAAGUGGACGGCACAUGGGAUCCAGCUAUACCUACUUGUAAACAGGUGGUGCAGUGCCAGCCACCCCCAAAUAUCCAAAAUGGAUUUCACAGCAAGCAGGAAGGUGUCGUGUUUCCCCAUGAAGUGUCUGUGACUUAUACAUGCCAUCCAGGCUACAUUCUUCUUGGACAGGAUACUAUUUAUUGCACCGGAUCAGGCACAUGGUCUUCCCCUGUCCCGCACUGCAAAUGUACAUUUCUUGACCAGACCGUGGAAAGGAUGCUCACCACAGUGUCAAAGAAUGCAGAUAGUAAGAAGGUGGAGAAAGAAACAAAGGAAGAAAGAGACAGAGAUGUAGUGCCAGGGCCACCAAGAGAAACAGGAGGCAGCUGUGGUCCUGCAUUAAAGCUUGACUUUGCUGAGGUUGCAGAGAACUUUAGAGAAAACAGGUCCUUUCCUAUUGGCUCUACAGUGAAAUAUAUCUGUCGUCCAGGGUACUAUAGGCACCAUGGGCGGAAUGCCUCUCUUACAUGCAUUCAAAAUCAAGAGUGGUCAGAAAUUCAGGAAUUCUGUAUACGAAAGUCAUGUGGAAAUCCUGGUGAACCUGAAAAUGGCAGGCUGCUUGUAUCAGGAGAUUUUCUUUUUGGUUCUACUAUAAAUUACACCUGUGAUGAAGGGUUCAAACUGAUUGGUGAAUCUUCCAGACAGUGUGAGGUAUCAGGCCGAAAAGUAGCAUGGACUGGUGGCAUUCCUCUUUGUCAGAGUAUUUCAUGUUUGCCACCACCAGAUAUUCUCCAUGGCACGCACAAUGGCAGAAAUUUAGACAACUUUGUCUAUGGGAUAGCUGUAACAUAUACCUGUGACGAAGGUUAUCCCCUUGUUGGAAACUCCCCCAUCUACUGCACUACUAAGGAUGGGUUAAAUGGAGUGUGGAGUGGCCAUGCAUAUUGUGGAGUGAUUAGCUGCCUCUCUCCACAAGUUGAGAACGGAAGAAUGGAGAACAGCCCUUCUGACACCUAUAGAUAUAAUCAAAAAGUAACCUUUGUCUGCAGUGCUGGCCACAGAUUAACUGGCUCUAGAGAAAUCUACUGCCAAGUGGAUGGAACAUGGGACCCUCCCUUCCCUCGCUGUGAACGAGUCAUUGAGUGUAAAAUGCCAGAAAUUCAGAAUGGAAGAGCAACAGUAUCCCAAGUACUAGUCCAGCCUACAGGGGAAAUUACAUUUGAAUGUAACCCUGGCUACCUCCUGAAAGGCAACCGGACAAUUGCAUGCAAAUCUGACAGCAUGUGGGAUUCUCCUGUGCCAGUCUGUGUCAAAGAAGUUCAAUGCCAGCUACCUCCACAUGUUAAAAAUGGAAAUCACAAUAAGCAGGAAGUAGCUAUCUUUACCAGUGGAAUAUUUGUGGAAUACACAUGUAACCCUGGCUAUAAUCUUACAGGAGAUAAAACUAUUUAUUGCACAGAUUCUGGCACAUGGUCUUCGCCUACCCCUCUCUGUACAGGAUGCCUUGCACCUCCACAGAUUGCCAAUGGCAGAAUUGACACUGAAAUUCUAGGCAAUGAUUUCCCUUUUGACUCAUUGGUAACUUACCAUUGUGAUCCUGGCUACUUUCUCAAUGAAUCAGCAACAAUACACUGCCUAUCUUCUGGAACAUGGGAUCAGCCAGCCCCUCAGUGCAAAAGCAAACAAGUCAGUAGCUGUGUGAGUCCAGGAAUUCAGCAUGGAAAAAUAAUGAGAUCUAAAGUGGAAGAGAAAUCCACAGAAACGGUUAGAAUUGAAUGUAAUCCUGGAUAUAUCCUCAAAGGCAACCAUACAAUCCAGUGCACAUCUGACAGAAUAUGGGACCCUCCUGUGCCCAUAUGUAUCAAGGAAGUCCAGUGUCAGAAACCUCCACAUGUCCAUAAUGGAAUUCAUAGCAAGCAAGAAGUAGCAAUCUUUACCAGUGGGAUAUCUGUGGAAUAUACAUGUGAUCCUGGUUACAAUAUUACUGGAGAAACAAUUAUUUAUUGUACAGAAUCCGGCACAUGGUCUUCCCCCACUCCUUGCUGUAAAGAGGUACAAUGUCCCCUCCCCCAAGAUGUGGAAAAUGGGAUUCGCAAUAACCAAGAAACUUCAGUGUUCACCCGUGGAAUGUUUGUGAAAUAUUCAUGUGAACCUCCCUAUACUCUUAUUGGAGAGGCAACCAUUUAUUGCACAAAUUCUGGCACGUGGAGUCCUGCUGCCCCUUGUUGUAGACUGGUAGAGUGUUCCUUACCUCCAAAUAUCCAGCAUGGGAAAUACAAUGCCUUGGAAUCAACAAAAUACACCAGUGGACAAUUUGUCAAAUAUACCUGUGAACCUGGUUUUGUACUAAAAGGAGAGGCAAUGAUAUAUUGCACAGCUUCCGGAGAGUGGAGUCUUGCUGUACCAUAUUGUGAAGAAAUUCGAUGUCAGCAACCCCCAGAUAUCCAAAAGGGCACUUACAACAGCCUGGAAGUAGAAGCAUUUAGUAGUGGGAUGUCUGUGAGCUACACUUGUGAGGCUGGCUACACGCUCACAGGAGAGGCAACUAUAUAUUGCACCAACUCUGGUUCAUGGAGCCCACCUGCCCCUCGUUGUGAAGUGCUGCAGUGUGCCCCUCCUCCAUCUAUUCCAAAUGGUAACCAUAAUGGUAAUGGCUCAACUAGUUUUGAUGUUGGAGGAUAUAUGAAUUACACUUGUCAUCAAGGUUACUUGCUACGUGGGGAAGACUUCAUUUAUUGUACAGCGUCUGGAGCAUGGAGUCAACCCCUGCCUCGAUGUGAAGCUAUGCAUUGUCCUCUGCCGCCAAGAGUUGUCCAUGGGGAGUACAUUGGAAAAAACUUCAAAUAUGGGAAGUCUGUAGUAUAUAUUUGUGAUGCAGGCUAUUCCCUUGUUGGAGAUCAUGUGGUUACCUGUGUUUUAGAAGGCGCAAACUCUGUGAAUUGGACUGAACCUCCAAAGUGCAAAGGAUGCCUUGCACCUCUAGGGGUUGACAAUGGAAAACAUCGCAAUGAUUCUGGAAUCCUGAAAGAUUUUCCUUAUGGCUCCUCAGUGACUUACUACUGUGAUCCAGGCUAUUUUCUUACUGGAGCAGCAACAAUGUACUGCCUGUCUUCUGGAAUAUGGGAUAAACCCGUCCCUCAGUGUAAAGAUAGACAAUCUUACUAUGUUCCUGCUGCCAUAGGAUUUGGAUCUCUAGUUGGUGUCCUGCUUUUGGUGAUUUCUGCAGCUUUAUGGAUUAUGGUUUCAAAACGGAAAAAAGUCAAAUAUGUUCCUGGAAAAAAUAAAAUAUAUAUAGGUCCAGAGAGUCAUGUUCAAGAACAGUCAAGUAUACCCCUUUGAAUGAAGAAUAAAAGGCUGCUUUUUAUAUCAACAGGUGGACAUUAUUUUCCAGCAAUCCUCUAUUUUGUUUUACAUUGAAAGCAAACCUUUAUUAGAAACAAACAGCUUGCUAUACUCUUCAUUUUCCAAAAAAAGGACCAGUCUGGUCUAUAUAUACGAGUACAACUAAAUCAACCAGUUCAUUCUCCAGUCUUGAAGCAACAAGUUACAAGGAAUGCAAUUCAAUAUAACUACCGUAAUAGUUUUUGUGGGCAACAAGCAAUACUGCAGAAGUAACAAGGAAGAACAAUGAGUAAUGCUGUCUUCUUACUUUUUCUAGCCAUUUGGAUAGGAAAUGUUUUUAAGUUUUGAUUACCAAAUGGACCUUAAACCUUAAUUAAAAUAACACUAACAAAAACUAAUGCAAAAGUAGCAUGAAAAGUGGCAAAGUGAGUCCUCAUAAUCACAGCACAAUGCUUUCAAAAGAAGAAACGUUUUUACUUGUUUUGAUGGAUUUUUAACUGUAAUUUUUUAGUGCUGUUUGCAUUUAAUUCUAUUGUAAUGCUUGCAUUUUUGUAUAUUUUAAAUUGUAUACUAAAGCUUUUAUGUCAAGCCACUUUGAGUUCCCUUUGAGGAGAUAAAGCGGGGUAUAAAUAAAUAUAAAUACUGUAUAAUAAUAAUGAUAAUAAUAAUGAUUAUGAUGAUAGCAGCUCAGAGAAAAUCUUCAUUCAUAUGAAUAGUUUUUCCUAUGGACUCUAACUGAUGUGUUUAAGCAACAAUAAAUAUCAGACUAUAAAAGAGGGCUUUUAUGUUCCAACCCAGAUGUAUUUAAUGGACUUUCUGUGAUGAGAGACUGCAAAUACAAAAGAGCAGGGAAUUAUUCUCUUGUCAGCUUCUACUGAUAUUUUGUUUCAAAAUCUUAUUUUAGUAAGUUUUAAAUAUUACUCUGGGAUUAGAUAUUACCUCAAUUAACUUAUAUUUCAAAACAAGCAAUGAGUAAUACUAUUUCAUCAGAGAUGUGUGGUUUUUGAAAUCAGGUGUUUUAAAAUCUGAUAUGUAUAAUAGGUAUCCAAGGGAGAGAAAUAUAAUGAUACAGUAUGUUUGGUGAAAUAUCUAUAGCUUUUAUACAAAAAAAAUUAAAAUGUUUUUAUUACUUUGCAA